CAUGCGCAUGCGUUGCUGGACUCUGUGAAGCUGUUGGGCGGGUUCGGAGAUUGCGGCGGCGGCGGCAGCGACUUAGGAUCGACUUUGGGGCGGCUCCCAGUUUGUACAAAUUCAUAGAAACAUGUCUAAGCAACAGCCUGCUGAAAAGUUUGCAAAUCCAGAAACCCCUGGUUAUGUUGGAUUUGCAAACCUUCCAAACCAGGUUCAUCGGAAGUCUGUGAAGAAAGGCUUUGAAUUUACUCUUAUGGUAGUUGGUGAAUCUGGAUUGGGAAAAUCUACUCUAAUAAACAGCUUGUUCUUAACAGAUCUCUACCCAGAAAGGAUAAUCCCAGGAGCAGCUGAAAAAAUUGAAAGAACUGUACAGAUUGAGGCCUCAACAGUUGAAAUUGAGGAAAGAGGUGUAAAACUCCGUCUGACUGUAGUAGAUACCCCAGGAUAUGGUGAUGCUAUUAAUUGUCGGGAUUGUUUCAGGACCAUUAUUUCCUAUAUUGAUGAGCAGUUUGAACGUUAUCUUCAUGAUGAGAGUGGCUUGAAUAGACGGCAUAUUGUGGAUAAUCGAGUUCAUUGUUGCUUCUAUUUCAUCUCACCAUUUGGUCAUGGUCUCAAGCCUUUGGAUGUUGAGUUCAUGAAAGCUAUACACAACAAAGUGAAUAUUGUGCCUGUGAUUGCAAAAGCUGAUACUCUUACGCUGAAAGAGCGGGAAAGACUGAAGAAAAGGAUUUUGGAUGAAAUUGAAGAACAUAGCAUCAAGAUUUAUCACUUGCCUGAUGCGGAAUCAGACGAAGAUGAAGAUUUUAAAGAACAGACCAGACUUUUGAAAACCAGCAUUCCAUUUUGUGUUGUGGGGUCCAAUCAGUUAAUUGAAGCUAAGGGUAAAAAAGUUAGAGGUCGUCUUUAUCCCUGGGGUGUUGUUGAAGUGGAAAAUCCAGAACAUAAUGACUUCUUAAAACUAAGAACCAUGCUGAUCACUCAUAUGCAGGAUCUUCAAGAAGUGACUCAAGAUCUUCACUAUGAGAACUUCCGUUCUGAAAGACUUAAAAAGGGUGGCAGAAAAGUUGAAGAUGAAGAAGUUAAUAAAGAUCAAAUCUUGCUUGAAAAGGAAGCAGAACUUCGCCGCAUGCAGGAAAUGAUUGCAAGGAUGCAGGCACAGAUGCAGAUGCAGCGGCAGGGAGGUGAAGGAGAUAGCAGUGCAACUCAUGGAUACAAAGUUUGAAUUAUUUGAUAACUCAUUAAUUGGAAUCAUUUAAGAUUUAAGACACAGAGCUUAUUUUGUGGGGAGAGUUACUACUUAUCCUGCUGUGACUUGGAAGGUCUGUUAACAUUCAGCAAACAAAUAUAUAGUUAUUGUAAUCUCUAUUUUGUAAACAGAUAAGAUUUCUUUAAUCUUUUUAAAAUGUUAAACACAAUAUGAGUUUGUUAUGAUUUACUGAUACUUUAUUGAGCUGAUUUUACUAUGCAGACUACACAAAGUUUAGAUUUUCCCUAGCCUGUUGUUCAUCUGAUACUCUGGACUAAUGCCACUGAGAAAUUGUUCUUGUUUUUUGCACUCGAUAUAUAAAUUGAUUAUAUCCACGUUAUAUUUAUGGUUUAAAUUCUUAUUCUUAAUUUUCCUUGAUUUCCUUUUUACAGCUGACAUGAUUAUUUGAAAGUCCCUUUAAGUUACUUACUCUAUAAAUAUUAUGUCUUGCCUAUUUCUCUGAAAUGUCUUUGUUAAGGUUUUCAUAGGAAAGACUAAAGAAAGUCUUAAAAGGAAUGUUCAUUUUUUUGGAAUAGAGACCUUUGUGUGCAGACUGACCAACAAGAAAAUAAGUGAUAAUAUUUGCAAUUUUUCAAUGUUACUCUUUUUAUAUGCAGGUAGUCCUUGACCUACAACCAUAAUUGAGCCUGGAAUCUUAGUUGAGUGAAGCAGUUGUUAAAUGACACAUUACAUAACUGCUUCCCUCAAUGACUAUCAUCCUGGCUCAUUCAUUUAUAGUUGUUAAGUGACCAUGCCAGUGGUGGGCUGCAACCGAUUUAACAACCGGUUUGGUGAGCGCGCGCUAGCUACUCCCUGAUGAUCCCAAUAUACCCAUGAUGUACAUACAUACUGACAGACAUGCAUACUGUACUUGGAAAUACUGGAAAGAGGGUGACUUAAUCUAAUGUCCUCCAGGUUUCCAACAUUAAAAAAAAAAGUCAUGGCAUUUUCAUCUUGAUUGUUGUUACACCCAGAUUAUCAAAAACCGGAUGUGGUCCAUAUUUUAGUCUGCAUUUACUAUGUUCCAAAAUAAAA